AUGGCAUCCUCUGCCCCUGUGCUCUUGAGCGUGCUGCUGGCUGUGUGUACGGCGUUUAACCUGGACCCUCUGGUGUCUGUGGUGAAGAGCGGGGGGCGGCGCUCUCUGUUCGGCUUCUCUGUGGCUCUGCACCAGGACCUGAGCAGUGGAGCGUACAGGUUAUUGGUGGGCGCCCCGAUGGAGAGGGCGGAGCCUGGAGUCUUGGCCAAUCGCACUGGGGGUGUGUACGUGUGCCCCAUCAGCUCUGACCCGGGGGACUGCACUCGAGUCACACUCCUGGACUCAGAGCAACUCCUGUCUGAGGACCUGAUUGAGGACAUGUGGCUCGGCGUCUCCGUGGCCAGUCAGGGUCCACCUGGGGGACGAGUGUUGGCUUGUGGUCAUCGCUUUGCCAAACUCUACGGCGCCUACAGACUCCGACACAUGACCGGACGCUGCUAUGUCCGAGGCAACCACCUGCAGUACAACGACUCAGAUGCUCACUGGCAGAAUCCUGACCAGGUCUGCAGUCACCUGGGCGAUGUGAGUGGUGAGGUCAUGUGCACGAUGGGGAUGUCUGCGGCCAUUUCUCAAACAGAGAUCAUCGUGGGGUCUCCAGGAAGCUUUGACUGGCAAGGCAAUGUCCAUGUGCUGUGGAUGAAUCCUGAGGUCAUGUUUGACACAAAGAAGACCACCUUCACAAACAUGGAGCAGAGGAACAUCUACAUUGGGUACUCUGUGGCUCUGGCUCCUCGGCUGCUGUCUCAACAGUUGGACAGUAUCAUAACAGGUGCUCCUAAAGACAGCAAACACGACGCUCGUGGCUCUGUGUUCCUGGCGCUGAAGUCCAGCUCCGGUCUCCAGAUCCUACAGAGGCUCAGAGGGGAGCAGACGGGCUCAUACUAUGGAAAUGCCUUGGCAGUGCUGGACCUCAAUAAUGACGGGUAUGUUUUCAGGUGGAAUGAUCUGCUGGUCGGAGCUCCUUUCUUCUUCCAGAGGCUGGAGGAGGUGGGCGGGGCUGUGUACGUGUACCUGAACACAGGAGGCAGGUUUGACUCGAGGCCCACUCUGGUCCUCAGAGGUCCUCAACACUCUGCGUUUGGGAUGUCUCUGUGUGCAGCGGGAGACCUGGACCAAGACGGAUUCCAGGAUUUUGUGGUGGGAGCUCCAUUUCAUGGUUCUGGGAGUGUGAUGGUCUUUAACACUGGUCCCGGUGGCGUCCCAUCUCGUCCUUCUCAGGUGAUCCAGGGCAGCAGUAUCUCUCCGGUUUUCAGGACUUUUGGAUUUUCUCUGGCUCCUGCUCAGGACGUGGACCAGAACCAUCACCCGGACGUCCUGAUCGGCUCUUUGGACGACUCUGUGGUGCUGCUCCGCUCUCGUCCUGUGGUGGAGCUGACCCAGACCCUCAGAGUGAGUCCUGACGUCGUGGAUCCAAACGACUGCGAAUCCUGCAUACGUGUGAAGGUGUGUUUUUCCUACACGUUCAGAUCUGGAGGGAGCAGUGACAAAGACAACAUCACGUUGCAGUUCUCCGUGAAUGCAGAUGUGACCAGUCUGAAUCCGCGCGUUCGCUUCUCCAGCAGUGGACAGAGCCUGGUGUGGUCCUACCUGUCUAUGCCCAAAGCUCACUGCACCACGCUAAGAGCCACACUCCUGACUCCAAUAAGAGAUCAAGUCCAGCCUCUGGUCUUUUCUCUAAACGCCUCCAUGGUCCAGAAACUCCCCAAAAAACACAAUGGACUGUUUGAUUUGAGACAAUUUCCAGUGACCAGUCGCCCCCUUCUCCCCGUGAGACACCAGAUUCACAUUCAGAAGGCGUGUGGACAUGAUAACCGUUGCCAUAGUAACCUGCAGAUGACGGCGGAGUUCACGGACGAAAAACACAGACCGCUGGACGUUGCCCCUGACACACUGUCCCUGUCACACUGUCCCUGUCUCAGUGCGUCUGGGGGACACCAGCGUCUCGUCCUGGACUCGAGUCUGAAUCUGCUGCUGCUUCACGUCAAUGUGACCAACCUCCAUUACAACACCCUGUCGCCGUGGAGACUGGCCGAGGACGCCCACAGUGUGGCCUUGAACGUGACCGUCCCGCCCUGUCUUGUCUACUCCGGAGUGCGAGCUCAGGGAGCGUCUCAGGCGGUGGAGUGCACUGUGGAGGGUGGAGCUCUGCUCUGUGACCUGGGAAACCCUUUGAAAGCCAAUCAACAGGUGGAGGUGUGGAUUCGGUUCCAGACGUCUGAGGACAUCCUGAGGAGUCGGGAGAUCACGAGUCGACUGCAGCUCUCCACCCUGAGUGAGCAGUGGGACCUUUUCCCUCUCACUGUCUCCAUGUUGGUGGAAGUGUCUCUACAGGCGUCGCUCACGCUGCUGAACCCUCCUGACCCCGUUUACUUCAGUGGUCACGUGACGGGAGAAUCUGCCGUUAAAACGACGUCCGACAUCGGCUCUUUAGUAACGUUUCACUUUCAGGUGCACAGAAGUGGGCGGGCUCUGCACCACCUGGGGAAUCUCAUGCUGGUUUUUGAUUGGCCGCUGGAGCUGUCAAAUGGGAAGUGGCUUCUGUAUCUUAGUCAGAUCGAGAUACCAGGAAGCUCUGAAGAACUCUGCUCACCAUCCACAGCACUCAACCCUCUGAAACUCACGGUAACUACCACCCGACCCUCUGAAACUCACGGUAACUACCACCCGACCCUCAACCCUCUGAAACUCACGGUAACUACCCCCCGACCCUCUGAAACUCACGGUAACUACCACCCGACCCUCAACCCUCUGAAACUCACGGUAACUACCACCCGACCCUCUGAAACUCACGGUAACUACCACCCGACCCUCAACCCUCUGAAACUCACGGUAACUACCACUCGACCCUCUGAAACUCACGGUAACUACCACCCGACCCUCAACCCUCUGAAACUCACGGUUUCAGAUGAAGAGGAGGUGAGGAGAAAGAAGAGGAAUCUACAACAGGAUUUUGAGGAAAAAGAGACGACAAGAACAGCCCCGAUUCUCCACCUCCAGUCGCCCAGAAGAACAUCCCUCACUCUGAGCUGUGAGUUCGGGGCCCGAUGUGUCCGUGUGGAGUGUCCUCUCAUCGACGUGAACAGCACCGUGACCCUGACCGUUCGAGCUCGUCUCUGGAACGCCACUUUUCUGGAGGACUUCAUGGAGUCCAGCUCAGUGUCUGUGUUUGGGGCAGUGACUCUGCAGCUCCAAACAGAGGAACCUGCAGUGAACAUGAGGCCCCAGAGAGUCCAGUUUUCAGUGCGAGUUUUCCCAGACCGGUCUCUCCCUGUGGCUCCUGGCGCUCCCCUCGGCGUCCUGCUGCUGUCUGCUGUGGGAGGAGUCUCUCUGCUCGCCGUCAUCUGCCUCCUGCUCUGGAAGUGCGGUUUCUUCGUGCGUCGUGGGCCGUGGCCCGCCACUCUGCACCAGGGCACCAUGAGCUCCCGGGCGUCCCAGCACAGCCGCACCGACGCCGACGGCUUCCUCAUCCAAAACAGCCCCCCGGACUCCAAGAGGAAGAAGCACUGGGUCACCACCUACUCACAGUGA